AUGACUCCUGCACCAAAGAUCACGCAUAUCAUAUGGGAUUUGGAUGGGCUACUUAUCGAUACCGAGUCAGUGUACACCGAUGCAAAUGUGAAGGCCAUGGCAAAAUAUGGCAAAAAAUACACCUUAGAAGCGAAAGUGCGAUCAAUGGGUAUGAAGCAUGAUGUUGCUUGUGCAAAAGUUUUGAAAGAUGUUGGUCUUGAAGGGCAAGUGAGUGUGAAGGAAUAUUCACAAUUAUAUGAUCAACUAUUACGCGAAAUGUUACCGGAUUGUGGUAUGAUGAAAGGUGCGAUGAAGUUAGUUCAGCAUUUUGCUAAACACAACAUUCCGAUGGCUAUUUGUACGGGUUCGUGUACCUUUGAAUAUGAGCUGAAGGUGAAGAACCAUCAGGAUCUUGUUCAGUUAAUACCGUUAAGUGUGCUUACUGGUGACGAUCCAGAGGUUCUUCAUGGUAAGCCUGCUCCGGAUGGUUUCUUGGUAACAAUGAAUCGGUUCCCGCAAAAGCCAGCAUCAGCCGAGAAUGUGCUUGUGUUUGAAGAUUCACCCAAUGGUGUGCGAUCUGCAGUUGCGGCUGGUAUGCAUGUCGUAAUGGUACCAGACUGGAGUUAUUCGAAACCACCAGAGGAUAUUAAAGACCGCAUAUUCGCUGUUUUGAACAGUUUAGAGGAAUUUAAACCUGAAUCUGUUGGACUACCAGCGUUAGAAUAA